UUUUUUCCCAGGUUCUGCAUCAUGAACUAGAUCCUCGGCUUCAACUAAGUUCCCAAUAUCGGAUCCAAAAGGAAUUCAACUAAAUGGAAGAAAUGUCAGCAAGGAAGAGGAACAACCAACAUCUGCUUCCAAAUGAAGAGAAUGGGAAUAAUCCUCCCAAAAGAAAGAAGGAUGUCAGCAAUGAAGACAACCUCCAGUUGUUUGUUAAAUUUCUGUCUGAACUUAAUGAUACUCAGAAGAACAUAGUUCGAAAACUUGGCUUCGCUUCACUGCUACGAAUCAGCUGUGCCUGCAACAUUGAUGAUAUUUUCAUGUGGCUUGCAUUACAAUUCAAUACUGCAACAUGCACUCUGGAGCUGAGGAAUGGAUUCAAUUUUGAAUUCAACACAUCUAUUGUUCAUAAAAUCCUUGGAAUUCCUGCUGGUGGCUUACCAAUAAAUUCUACACCAACCAAAGAAUGUGUAGAUAUUAUCAAUAACUUUGUACAAUCAUCAGCACCUACUAUAGAGCAUCUUAUUGCGAUGAUUACGGACAACAUUUCCGAAGAAAAUUUCUCUACUAUAUUCUUGCUCCUCGCUAUCUCAAGCUUGAUUGCUCCUAAUGCGAAAGGUUCCCCAUCAAAGAAAUUCUACAGUGCUCUGCAAAACAUUAGUUAUGCUGGCAAAUACAACUGGUGCCUUUCAACUCUAUCCUACCUAGUACAUCAAAUAAAAAAAAUUAAGUCAGGUCAUCACCAGAAGAAGGCAUUUUAUCCUGGAGGAUGCAAACUAAUCUUGGUGGUUGCGCACUUCGAAUUCUUAAUUACUUCUGAAUUCAAGUUCCCUAUCGACAUACUGCCAAGACUCCCAUUGUGGUCAUCUAGCUUGCUAAAAACUUUCACAGCCCUAGACACAAUGCACGGUGUACACCUUCAGUUCGGAAGACUUCCGUUGAAACAUAUUUCAUCAACUCCAUUCAACAAUAUAUCAAAUGAAGGAAUAAACAAACUCCCUACAUGUAUUCUACAGUACAUCAGUUCCAAAUUUCCGUCAAUCUACAACUUACAGGAGAAGGCACUGCUUGAAGAUAUGACCAAGAAAUUUUGGCAAACGAUAAUAUCAAACUCCAUUCCAACAACGGAAAGAUACAUUGAUGAUCUCCAUUCGACAAUCUCCAAGAGUUUCACCCACAUCAACAAUGAAAUGACAGAGUCUGCAAAUGAACAAAUUACAUCCCCGAACAACCACAUUUCAUUACACCAGCAAGCUGAACAAAUCUACUCAAACAAAUACUUCAAGGAUCCAACAACUUUUUUAUCGUCACAUGAUUUCCUGGAUUUCGCAAUGCCUUACAGUAAUCCUCCAAACUGGGAAAAGGAAGAUGGAGAUUCAUCUAUUCAAUGGUUGGACAAGAAAUUCUCACAGUGCCUCCUUUUAGAAAACUCAUCAGGCAUUGAUGACCUGUUUCAGAAAAGGUCACCAACCUUUGAAGAUUUGUUCGUCAUCGAUAAAAUAAAUAAACAAUAUGACUACCCAGAUAUUGAUUUCCUCCAAGUACUCAAAGAUUACAUCUAUACACACACAGAAGCGAAUGGGAUGCAAGAAACAGACAAAAUUGAUUGCACAAAAGAGAAAUUCUGUUUGACCCAAAUGAAAUUCGUUAGACCUAAUCAUAACUGCAGAGAUAGCAAACUGUACUGUUUGCAACAAGGUACGGAUUCAACAACUACGGUUGCCCUAGAUGUUUCCAGGAAUAUGAAAUGCUCGCAAUCAGCACCUCCUACCAGAAGUUUUCCAACCACUCAAAACUACAACCUGGGUAGUACAUCCAAUGCGUGUGAACCACAAAAUUCAGAUAUUGACAUCCCUUCUUUUACCGCUAUAACAGACAGCCUGAAAUUUAGUCCCUAUGCAAGAAGUCCCAAACAAUUACCAAGCAAAUUAUUCACCUCCUAGUUGUUCAUCAAUCCUUCCCAAAACCAACUAUGAAUCUCUUGUAAGGAAUUCAGGUAGCAACAAUCAGUUCCUCUAUAGCAACAGCCCGCUUAGGUGCUAUCACAAUUCUUCAGAAAAAGCAGCCAACAGAUUCGGUACACCUAUACCAGACCCUAUCAUGUACCAAGUCCUGGAAGAUUAUGAAGCUGAAUGUUUGCUCAGAGAUAAAGCAGCAGCAGAGCAGCCACCACUGCAGAACUUCUCUUCAGCAUCAAAAUUGCACAUAACAACUCAGCUCAAUUCGGAACAAGUUAUUUUCUCAACAGCAGCUCAAGCAGAUUUCUUCAAAAUGAUGUCGUCACUUCUACCUCAUAUAGACAUCAGCCAAAGGAUAUUCCAAAUAGAUAACGUGUGGGUCGAUCAAAAAACUUUGACUGUUUCAAUGAGGCCAGGCGGCUGGAUGAACCCACACACUUUGGAUUGCUAUUCUAAAAUGCUCAACACAGAUCUACUCAAUCGGGGAAGGCAGGGUCUAAUACCAAGCAAUGAACCUAUUGUCCAUAUCGUCGGCACAGAAGACAUGGAACUUCUAAUGAGACCCUUACUAAACCAUUCAGAUCCAAUAUGCGCAGACAUGUUAAGCGAAGCAACUGUUGGGUUCAGUUUACAGAACGCAAACUUCGUUCAUCUGCCUUGCUUCAAUGACAAACAGUGGAUUGUAAUCACUGCUAACUUUGACAGUGGCAAAUUCUUUGAUAUAAUGAACCCUGAUGGAUCUGGAAACAACAAAUUCACUUCAAUUAUCAGCACUGUUACAUUCAACUUCAAGAGUCUGUUUGCGAAAACAUACCCAAAUUGCAUCGCAUUCAACAUAAAAGAAUUUGACUACCGUUUCGUUCCAGUACCCCGGACUCAUUUCAGGUACGACACCGGCAUAUUCCUCCUGCAAAUUCUAAAAACAUACCGGGGGAUGGGAGUGCCAGGAUUCACAACUCAUGACCUACAGGCCUUAAGAGAAAUUUUUCUCUACGAAAUUGCGACUUGUUCCAACAGUGAAGUUCAACUACCAUUGGUCAAAGCUUUCCAACAAAAUCACGGUUUCCGGCUAUUCAGGUGAAUCAAUACUCAGCUUAACCCAGGUUCAAGAUACAAGAUGACCACAUUUUCAUCGCAUAAACAAUUUUCUCCAUUUUACUUUUUGCUCUACCAAACGAGAACUUAUUUCCUUCUCGUGCUACUUGAAUGAAGAAAAUGUUGAGGGGGUCAUUGUUCAAAACAAGUCUGAAUAUUAUUUUUUUGUUCUGCUGUACUAAACAUUCAAUGCUUCCUUCUCUGUUUGAUUA